AUGAAAGGAUUCAUCAAAGAGGAUUCUGCAGCCCCUAUAUCAACCGGCACAGAUGUUUCUCUUUCUUCACAUGACGAAGAUCAGGGAUCUAAACUUAUCUGGAAAGCUAGAGAGGCACCCUUUGUUUCCAUUGGAAUGGCGGGGCUUGCAGCAAUCGUUGCAUAUGGAUUAUAUAAAUUGAAGUGCAGGGGAAAUACUAAAAUGUCUGUUCACCUGAUCCCCAUGUGUGUGGCAGCCCAAGGCUUUGUCAUGGGAGCAAUGACCCUUGGUACAAGCCAUUCCGUGUAUAAGGAAUUCUGGGCAAAGCCUAAACCUUAG